AGGAAAUCUUUCCUUGCUCCCAAACUACCCCGUUCUAACUUCUACGUAGGUGGUGAAUUGAGAUGCUCUAAAACUCCAAAAAUAUAUAUAAUAGACCACAGUUACAAUAACUCUAUCUCGGCCUAUCAUCUCCAGCCGCCAAGAGGUGACAUCAUCGCCCGCUGUUGCCAGCCCUAUCAUCGUAUCCGUACCCUAUAUCAAAUAUAUCAUCUAUAUCAUUUCCCCCCCCCCCCCCGAACAUUACAUUUCAUUGCCGAACUGCCGAAUGCCAAAUAUCGGAUUUCCAUAAGCAUAAAUAUACUCCGCGAUCCGUCUCGCUUUCAACAAAAAAAGAACACUGAAAGGGGAGAGAAUAACAGGAGGAAUUCGGGGCCAGGGAAUUGAAUAAAACCAGAGAAGAGUAAAAAGUGAGCAGAUGGCAUCAAACGCGGCCGUCACAGAGCUCAUUUACCUAACCUUCAAAAAGGGUGUGAAGCCUGAGGACCCCGAAAAUUAUGAGGGACGGGUCUUCACGGAGGCCCUUGAGGCGGUGAAGCUGCACAGCGGCUAUCUGUAUUCAAGCUGGGGCCGGACUGUGGAGGAUGAGAAUGAUAUCGUUUGGCUUGUUGCAUGGAAGGAUGCAACUUCCUCCGUCCCCCUCAGCCAAAUCUCCUCAAUUCUCGCCCCAUCUUCAGCCCCAAUAACAAUCCACACCACCCUUACCCCACCCGUCCACCUCAAAGAUCUCACCACAACCCCAAUUGUCGAACUCGCCAUCCUCCCUUUCCCCAGUGCCCUCCCCUUCGAGCAAAAGUCCUUCAUAGAAAGCUCCCUAUCAAACCUGCGCACCGCAUUGCUAGGCAUCUGUCCCUCUGAUGACGAAGAGGAUGAUCCUACCACGAAGGAGCAUCACCAGCACCAUCAUCAGCAUCAGCACCACCAGCACCAGCACCAGCACCACCACGAGGCGCAAAAGCCCUCCUCAUCGCCAUCACGGACGAAGUUAGCAAAGCAAGGCCCGCCAGGCUGGUUAUCGCUGGGAUGGGUAGAGAGGCCCAGAACGGUGGAGCAUGCCGAUAGCCCCUCCGGGGAGGCGGAGCUGACUAUCCUGGUGAUUGGCUGGGAGAGCAUACAGGAGCAUGAGGCGGCGAUGGGGACGGAUGACUUUGAGAAGGCCUUCGCGCCCGUCAGAGCCAAGAUGUUGCCUGGGAUUAAGGUGUUGGAGAUGAGGUAUGUUAGGUUUGGCGAGGAGGAUGGGAGUCCUCGGACUCGGGGAGAGGAAAGGUGGGGUGGGAAAGGGGAAGGGGAAGGGGAAGGAAGGAGCGUGGGAAAUGAGCAUGUGUGAUUUUGUGGAAACUGUACAUCUCGAUGAUGGAUGAGAGGAAAUGGAGAGAGUCAAAAGAAAUUAUGUUCUGCGAUAAGUGGAGAGGUACAUAGGGGGUGCCAUGUCAGGCGAUGUAAUUUUUUUUUUUUUUUUUUUUUCUCCCUCAAAAACGGAUUUUGAAAAUUUUGGAUGCGACAAAGUUAUUUCUUUUUGGAAUUUUGGAAGGAGAAUGCGUAGCUGUACAGAGCUACCUCGGCGUCAUGUCGCAUGCACUGGCGAACUAAGAGAUCUGAUACAGAUAUAUAUUUGUAUAUAUCCGUCUGUCCAGUAGUUCUCUUGGUUUAAUCGGAUCGUACAAUCACUGUUCCAACCUCCUAGACAUGUGCCAGGGCAAGCUUCUCUCCAUGAACUCGCAGCUGUGAGAUAAGGGGUUUAAACCAAUUAACGAUUUUUUGUGGUAAUCGAGUUAGUAGUGAGAUUUGCCAUUAAUAUUUGUUCGGGGUAAAAAUACACCGGAAGAAAUAACGAAGAAAAGGGAAGAACAGCCUAUAGAUUUAAUCAAUGGGAUGGUGAAAAA